GUCCCCGCUCGCUCGGCCGCUCUGUGGUGCCCGCGUUGUUCCGCUGAGCGCACAGGGUGAUGUGUGAAUGAUGCUGAGCGCCUCCUCCUCUUCCCGCGCUGCUUGUGGCUCUUGCAGGGAUGUUAUGUGCGUCACGACACGUCAGCCCCAGCAUCUUCCCCCCGCUCUGGUCCACACUCAGCCCCUUCCAUGUAGCGGGGACACGAAGGAGAGAGCACGGAGCUGCCCGGGGUGUAUGGACACCAUGCCUACCCACCGCCACCUGCUGCCCCGCAACUUCAGCUGCACCGCCGUGCUGUACGGAGAGAGCCCGGACACCCCGGAGGACGAGGAUGUCCCCGACGGAGAGCUGGAGGAGACGGUGGAGAAGAACAAAGAGCCCAGCAAACCCGUCACCCCCCGGGGCAGAGACGUCAACAUUGUCCCGCAGAGUCCGACCGCACGGCGGAGAGCCAAGUCCCUGCCCACCCCCGCGGAGCGGAGGCACUUGGAGGUCGUAGCCCCCAGGAAGAAGGAGGUGAGGUUCGCCGAUUCUUUAGGACUGGAGCUCACCUCGGUUCGGCAUUUCAGUAACGCCGACAUGCCCCGGGUUCCCUAUCACGUGCUUGCCCGCUGCAGGGAAGCUUGCCCCGCAGGGGCUGAGCUCACCACGCUCCUGCUCCGCGCUUCCCCUGGCUCCACCCACCUGGAGCCACUCUUCGAGAACCCAGUCAGCAGAUCGGAUUACCUCGACCUGGUCAGACAGCGCAGGGUCUGCCUGGAGACCAUGCAGACAGACCUCUUCAGCAUCAGCGGAGACCUGAGAGUCCUCAACCUGUCUUAUGAGAAGGAGGUGGCGGUCAGGUUCUCCGUGGACUCCUGGAAGACCUCCAGUGAAGUAGCCGCCGCCUUCCAGCGGGGGUUUAGCGACAGGUACACAGACCGCUUCUCCUUUAAGUUGCUUUGCCCCAUGCUGUUGAAUAAAGAAGGGGUGCUGGAAUUCGCCAUCCGUUACCGGGUGUGCGGGGCCGAGUACUGGGACAACAACGACGGCGAAAAUUACAAGGUGAAAAGUCAACGGGCCACGGUAUCUCCACCCAAGGAGUUCGACAGCGCUUGGAUCCACUUCAUUUAGCGGUGCGCGGAGCCAAGGAAGGCUUAACGUCAACUGGCCUUUGGAUUAGCGGCAAAUGUAUCACGGGCCUCCGGGAAGGAGCCUCCCGUCACGUGUGAGGUCAAAGAGGAGGAUAUUAAGGAACUGUUCUGCUGUAAUAAUUAGUCUAGUGAAACAAGGCAUUCAUUAUUUGAAAAUAGGAAGUAAUACAAGUGGUUCUAUUUAUUUAUGCGCAACGAAGUGGAGUACUAGACUUAGUACCGCCACCCAGCACACGGCGAAGUACGGGGAGAAGAGACAGUCCUGGGUGUCGAGGUCAUAAAUGCAAUAUAUUUUUGAAGGAGACUAUUUUUGAAAUGCCACAUUGCCUUUCAAAGAGGAGAGUAUAAUGGCGGGGCAACCACGGCUCAGGGGGGGUGUAUAGGAAAGAAAAGAUUGCUUUUUACGUGUGGCAACUUACGUAACAACUUUGUACAGAAGAACAGAUCUUCGUCUCCAUUGUCUGUAAUGGUCAAACGUGACCCGUUCUUUGUUGGGUCUCCACCGUCCUUCUCAGCAGGUCUAGAUCCUCCUCAAGCCAACAAAUGCUCUACCAAGGAAAAACCUGCUUUCUUCCCUACUUUCAUCUGGUUUUCUCAAAAGCUUACGAACUCUGGUGUUUCUUUCCGGUUUUUAUGUCUCAUUAUGUG